ACUUUUGAUGCUGGGAACUAUUUCCGGAUUUUAUGCGAAGAAACAGAUGAAGGACGCAACUGGAGUGUGUUCACAACGAAAGAUCUCCAUCCAGUUGAUGAAAACAAUAUUUUCCUUGUCGACCACGCCUGGACGUUUCGUCCACAUCAAGCACGGGCACAACUCGAAGAGCAUCCACAACUCGUUGAUCGAAUGGCCAGGUUACUUGAUCUGACUGCGGAUGACGAGUGUGUCUACACUGAGCACAAUGAACAAGAAAAUGACAGUGAUCAUGAAGUGACGACGACAGAUGAGCAAGAGCGUUUGAAAGUCGAAGAAAAGAUGCAGGCCUGUUCUGAAAGCACUUCUCCUCUUCCGCGACAGGAAUCUGUGGAUGCUCGUCUUUGUUACAUUGUCAAGGAUGAUACGACCGUUAUUGAUGAUAUCCUUCGUAAAAUGUGGCAAUAUAUUCAAACGUACACUGUGAGAUUCAAGCCGGAAAUAGAUGAAGAAGGCUUGCCGAUUUGGUACAUCAUGGACGAGUUUGGUGUGAGGAUCUCGCACUCGGACACGCCGAACGCGAAAGUUGUACCCUUGUACUUUAUACCGCACAACACUACUUACAGUGUGGUGUUUCUCACAAAGGAAGUGGCUGAUGGUGAGGAAAUUUGUCGUGAUUACGCCGAUAAUGCUCUUGCACGAAAACAACCCGAUUGGCGACGUUUCCUGAUGGUUCCGUUUUUGGAGAAGGAAUUAGAGUUGAAAGAGGAGAUCCAACGUCAACCACCUGACGAGAAUUUCUUCAUAUCUGGUCGAUGCGGUGCAUCCAUCCCCUACUGA